GGGGAGGGGCGCAACAGCGGCUGGGGGGCUGCGGGCGCGAGGGUCCGCUAGUAUUGCACACGAAGCUGAUUAGGAAGAGCCUCGCAGAGCAGGGCUCAGCCUGAGCUACCCUUUGUCUGGGUUGGGGGCCCGUGGCAGGGAGGACCGAGGAUCGAGGGGUGGGACCGGGACAGGACGGAAGGGCCCGGAGCAGCGGCCACCGCAGCGGAGCCAAUUUGGGAGCGGGGGUCCAGCUGAACCCAGGAGCUGCCCGGAAUGGUGGCAGUCACCUUGCCAGUGCAGCAGGCAUGGACCAGACUGCAAGCUAGGGGAACAAGGCAUCAGUCUGGAAGAGGGGACACACAUCUAGGCUUGAGGCCCCUUCAUCGGGAUGUCCCCAGGCCCCCCAACCCAGGCCCAGCAUAAAGGCCGUGUGGGGGGGCCCCCCUGACCCAAGGGGAGCUUCAUGCGCCACGUGCAGGCGGAGCCGUCUCCAUCCUCAGAGCCAGAGGCUGGCCCUUCACAGCCUCCAGUCAGACAGGGGACCCUCCAGGGUGGCCUGCUCAUGGGCUACAGCCCAGCAGGGGGGGCAGCAUCCCCCGGGGUCUACCAGGUAUCCAUCUUUUCCCCUCCAGCUGGUGCCUCUGAGCCUCACAGGGCUCUGAAGCGGCCCGCCCCACCUACUGAGGGUCCCCGGGAGCUGAAGAGAGGCCCUGGGCUGGGGGCCAGAGAGGGAUUACCCCCUGAAGAACCAUCUACUGUGGGGCUAUUGGCCCCAGAGGGACUGGGUCUGGGACUGGGUGUGGCCAGCCAGCAUUUCUCCCAUCAUGGCCUCUGUGUUGUGGAACAGGGAGGUAAUGCCACCUCACCUUGGACUUCAGGGGCCCGAAGAUCCCCCUGGCUCCCAUCAAAUGCUUCCUGCAAUACUUUGCACACCAGAGACUGGGCUUCCCCAGAUCCAGGGGGACAGGGGUCCCUGGGGGAGUCUCCAGGGCCAGCCCCUUCAGGCCAGCUGCACACACUUGACACUGAUUUGCACAGUCUUGCACAAAUAGGGGGUAAGAGCCCAGUGGCUGGGGUGGGCAACGGGGGAAGCCCCUGGCCUAGGGAGUCCCCUGGCACUGCCAAUGGGCACAGUCCCGAGCACACACCCCCUGGCCCUGGACCUCCAGGCCCCUGCCCUACCAAGCGAAGGCUGCUUCCCGCUGGAGAAGCCCUGGAUGUCAGCUCUGAGGAUGAGGGGCCAGCCCCUCGGAGGCGCCGGGGAACCCUGGGCCACCCUCCUGCUGCCAACUGUUCUGAUGCCAAAGCCACACCCUUCUGGAGCCACCUGCUGCCCGGGCCCAAGGAGCCUGUUUUGGACUCAAGAGACUGCAGUCCCGUGGGGCGGAGGCUGAAAGGUGCCCGUCGCCUGAAGCUGAGCUCCCUUCGAAGCCUCCGGAAGGGACCAGGCCUGCUGAGCCCCCUCAGUGCCUCCCCUGUUCCUACCCCUGCUGUCAGCCGUACCCUGCUGGGCAACUUUGAGGAAUCAUUGUUGCGAGGACGCUUUGCACCAUCUGGCCACAUUGAGGGCUUCACAGCAGAGAUUGGAGCUAGUGGGUCCUACUGUCCCCAGCAUGUCACGCUGCCUGUCACUGUCACCUUCUUUGAUGUUUCUGAGCAAAAUGCCCCGGCCCCCUUCCUGGGUGUCGUGGACCUGAAUCCCCUGGGGAGGAAGGGUUACAGUGUGCCCAAGGUGGGCACCAUUCAAGUGACCUUAUUUAACCCCAACCAGACUGUGGUGAAGAUGUUCCUUGUGACCUUUGACUUCUCGGACAUGCCUGCUGCCCACAUGACCUUCUUGCGCCAUCGCCUCUUUUUGGUGCCUGUGGGUGAGGAGGGAAAUGCUAGUCCCACCCACCGCCUCCUCUGCUAUUUGCUGCACCUCAGGUUCCGGAGCUCCCGCUCAGGCCGAUUAAGCCUACAUGGAGAUAUCCGCCUGCUUUUUUCCCGACGGAGCCUGGAGCUGGACACAGGGCUCCCCUAUGAACUGCAGGCCGUAACUGAGGCCCCCCACAAUCCACGUUAUUCUCCUUUUCCCUGAUUGCCAGUGCUCUGAACCUAGGUGGGCCAAAAGCCUGCCCAUCCUGCUCCAUCCUGGACAGAGUAAACACGUGGMGAAAUGGCGAAAAUCCCUUAGGAUUGAAUUAAAGUCCUCACCAUGCUCAUGCCCAAAUUGAUUAUUUGGGUAUUUAAAGCUUCUGAUCCUUCCACACCCUGCCCUACUCCGGGUACUCCAUGUGCCUGUUCCCUCCCUUGGGUUUCCCAGGCCAGCUUAGGUAGUACAGAGGAACCAGAGCUACCCUGAGAUUGUCCCAAGUCCCCAGGCAAGUCAUGCCAGCGUUGCCUCCCUGUCCUGGGCAGGGGCCACUUCUUAUUUUAUUUAUUUUUAAUUUAUAAUUUAUUCAAAUUGGAUUGCCUUGGUAACCUCCCAAACCUGAUAAUUGGCAUCAUCCUUCCUCCUUUCUCACUCUCAAAUAUUGCUCCAAACUCAGGAGUUGAAGAGGCUGAAGUGUGGGGGCAGGGAGAAAACUGCUCUUCCUCAGCUGAGGACAGAGGGAUUAUCCCAGAGGGACUGAGUCACUAGCCAAAGACUCAGCUUCCCCUGUCCUUCCCUGUUACCUUCCCUUCCCCUACCCUUCAAUCCAUCUUUGAAAGCCAACUUAUGUGAGUGUGUGUGUGUGUAUGUGUGUGUGUGUGAGCAAGCACAAGCUUGUGUUUGUGAUAUUUGUGAGAAAAAGAGUGUGCAUGCAUGCACACACACAGGGGUUAACCACCCCUCACCUGGGGCUCCAGACUCAGUUGUCCCUUUCCUCUUGCCUAUAUCUCCUUACUUUGGGUCCUGACUGAGGAAGGUGUCCAGGGACAGAGUCAGGGCCAAGGACAGGGAUGUCUCCUCUCACCUGGCCAGAUUCUGACCCACCUACCUCAGCUGGGAUAAGGGGCAUCCCUCAAACUCAGUUAUGUGGCUCCCAACUACCCUGUUCCCCACUCCAGACUCAGACCCAGCCUCAGCCCUUGACUCCUGGGACAUGACUGAGGGGAACAAGCAUUUGCUGAAACUUGAAAAAAACAAAAACAAAAUGAAACAAACAAAAAAACAGGAAAAAUUGUACCUGGUACUUUUUUUUUUUUAGGAAAAUAAAAUUUAAAAAUAAUAAAUUCUUGUUUGGAAACUUGAA